GUGUCGCCCUUUUUCUUAUCCAUCCAUCAGGGGCGCAGCAAUGUUGGUGAGAAACGUGGGAUCCAUAUUACAGAUGCAGUCCGCCCAGCCAUACGGCAGAGUUUCAAAAAAUAGGAACAAAAUAAUGGCGAUUGAUGCCCAUAACCUCCGCUCUCAGUUUCUUCACCUCCUUCGCACCCGUCGUACUCCUCAAGUUCCACUCUGUGUGAUACCUGGAAAACCUGUGAAUGAUCCAUUAUAUCAGGAAUUUCCCAAGCCAAUAUUCAGUGAGGUAAUGGCAUCUUGCCCUAAAGAAGAUAUUCCCAAUAUGAAGGAACUUCUUCAGGAGCAAAAUUUCUACUUGACCACAGAGGAAGGAGAGCAAGGACGGUUGCCUUUCUUGGUAUUGAGCAUGAAGGAAACCAAUAAGAAAAAGAGGCCAGCUAUUGUCUUCCUGCAUAGUACAAACAAAUGUAAAGAGUGGUUACGGCCAUUGCUUCAGGCAUAUGCUUCGAGGGGAUACAUAGCUGUAGCAAUUGAUUCUCGAUACCAUGGAGAACGUGCCACCAAUAUGACAACAUAUCGUGAUGCCCUUAUAUCGUCAUGGAAAAAAGGUGAUACAAUGCCUUUCAUAUAUGAUACGGUGUGGGACUUGAUAAAACUGGCGGAUUAUCUAACAGAGAGGGAAGAUAUUGACUCGUCAAGGAUAGGAAUUACUGGUGAAUCACUGGGAGGUAUGCAUGCAUGGUUUGCUGCAUUUGCCGACACUCGUUAUUCAGUGGUUGUUCCUAUAAUCGGAGUUCAGGGAUUUCAGUGGGCUAUUGAGCAUGAUCGAUGGCAGGGAAGAGUUGACAGUAUCAAAGAUGUGUUUGAAGAAGCAUGUUCCGAUUUAGGCAAGAAUGAAAUUGACAAAGAAGUGGUUGAGAAGGUCUGGGACAGAAUUGCUCCAGGUUUGGCUUCUCAAUUUGAUUCACCAUAUACAGUGCCGGUCAUUGCACCACGCCCUUUGCUGAUUUUGAAUGGAGAGGAAGAUCCUCGUUGUCCAAUUGCUGGACUUGAUAUUCCAACGUCAAGUGUUCGUAAAGCUUGUGCAGAUGCUGACUGUCCACUUAAUUUCAAGGUGAUAGCUCAAGCUGGUAUUGGUCAUCAAAUGACUCCACUGAUGGUAAAUGAAGCAAGCAAUUGGUUUGACAGGUUCCUUAAAGUGUAAUCGAUAUACAAGAAUGCUAUAUUUAUUUUUCUCAGCUUUUAUUUGCCCGCAGUUUAAAGUUCGGACAAGUGAUCUCGUAAAGACUAGAGCAAAAACUAAUAUCGAAGAUUAUGAGAUUACUUGGACUACUUUAAAUUACAAUUUUUAUACCAUGUCAAUUUUAUGUUUUAUAUAAAGUUUAAUUAAGGAUGAA